GGUAAUUGGCUCGCGCAGCAAGUGUGCCACCUGUCCAAACCAAAUUGAAACACCACGAAGCCUCACUAAGCCAUGGUCACGUGACAUGGGCGUUUUGAACCACACUUCGAAACACUGUUCGAAACACUUGCGUUUCGGAAGCUCGACACUGUUUCGAAACGUCAGCUUCGAAGGUCACAUCCCUACAAACCAUCACCUCAGCUGGGAAGCUAAACCAACAGUCAUAUUUGGGAGGCUAAAGGUUAUCAUGGUCUGAUCUUGCUGUGCUGUCGGGUGCCAGAACCGAAAAAGUCAUCGGUUAAAUUUGAAAUAAGUAUUCCCUCUUCGCUUCGACAAACGACUCCUCCCAUUAGUUUGAGGGGCGGAGAAGAUCUGAAAUAUCCUGCAUCCUACAUUUGGUUGACUAACUCAAGGGAGGAGAUAUGCUUGGAAGCCUAUGGAUACAAGGGAGUCAGGCGAUAGCUCACUUUUAAUUAGGCUACUUUUUUUCAAGGGCACCUAUCUGAAAGCAAACGUUUUAGCCUUUGAACCAUAUCAUCAUGUUCAGGUUGUUCCACUUCAUCUGCACUGUGGCCUGUGUCGCUGCUUCCAUGCAAAUAUAUGAAAUGUGCCCUGGAACAUCCUUCUAUAUACCACACUCACCUGAAUAUGAUCCCAAAACAUCAGAUUUAUACUUCACCCCACAGUCUGGUCCUUCAGCCAGGGUGAUGGUUCUUAACAAAACACAGCCAACAGAUUCUCAUUACAUGUUCAAGGAUGAGACGCUGUUUAUUUUUGAACUGCGGGAGUCAGACACAGGAAUUUUCUCUUGGUCAAAUCACAAUAAAUUCCACACUAUCCUUAAACUUGUGAUUAAAGACUGUGCUGAACCAAAGGUGGUUGUCUUUGGAAACCAAUUGAAACUGAAUGUUCCCCCUGAGGCAGUAAUGCUAGAGUUCGUUCGUGCAUCUGACCAGAGAAAAGCAACAAUAUGGCCUUCCUCCUUAUUCAAUGUUUCUAAGGGUUACAUUCAGGAAUCCUAUUGGUAUCAACAGAUUACCUACGCUGACAGGGGAUUUUACACAUUCCGUAAAACGAAUUUGGCAGAGUUGUCAAAAAUACAGGUGAUCGUGACAGCUAAUGUACAGUAUCUCAAUUUGGAUGAGGAAGAUCGCCUUGAAAUCUAUGUUCCAAUAGCUAAGGCUUCAGUGUCGGUGGAUUUUACCGCACUAGAAGGCAAGAAAUACACAGUAAUCAGCAACGGGUAUGCCACUGAAGAGGGAACCGACCACUUUCAUGGUCGGAUCAAGAUGACCAGCAGGUCAGGAGGAUCUGCCAUUACAGUGACCGACUUGCAGAGGAGUGACGCAGGCAGAUACCAGAUUUUUGACGGUCAAGGAAAUCUGCUUGCUGUGUGGCUUCUACGGCAAUACUCUGCCACCUCCUACUACGUGUAUUUGUUUGCACUGAUUCCUGUAGUGCUUGUUAUCCUGCUCAGUGUCUGUGUGAAGAAGUGCUGCUGUAAAAACACCAAAAGCAGCCCUACCUCUAACCCAGCAGCUGCCUCUUCUGAACCCAUGCCUUACAAUGCUGUUGAGAUUGAUGAACCUGCGCCAACCAACAGGACAGUGACACCCCAUCCUGUUGACACGGGUCCAGCGGAGGCAACGCCAUCAGCCCCUUCUGCUUCUUCAGCUCUUGGUUCUUCAUCCGAUCACCAGCCCCAGUACCAGCUGAAGGGAUUCGACAGCAGUGCAGGUGACUUCCUCACCACCUCCACUCUCAGUAUGGACAACGCCGCUGCCAACGGCGAUACGUCUGUCUACUCAUCAAACAAGCUCACCUGGUGAUAUUGGGGGGGCCCUUGUCAACCCAACUUCAAGAGGAUUUCAUCCGACUGCUGUCUGUGUCAACUGAAGGAAUAACCUACACUGGGCCUGUUUUCAGAGGAUGUACUUCAAAUGUUUUAUCACGUUCCGCUAACGUCCACAGGAGAUCGUUCAAGAUGGAUACGUAUUCUGUUCCCAAUGCAAUCACACCCAAAGAAUACUCUUUGUACAGUUCUCUCUAUAGUCAAAUAUUUUAUUUGGCAUAACCAGUAGUGGCAUUAUUUUCUACUAUCUUAACACUCAGAGUGGAUGGUAGUCUGUUCUGUCUAUUUCAGGGUUGAGUAGAAGCCACAUGCCUUAGUUAACUGGAAUGGCUGUCACCCUGUCUCUCUCCCUGUGGUGUCUAUUUCAGGGUUGAGUAAAAGCCACAUGCCUUAGUUCACUGGAGUGGCUGUCACCCUGUCUCUCUCCCUGUGGUGUCAUUAUAGUGCUGUUCACAGUCUAAAAAUAUUGCCCUUGUUUAGAAGGAAUUCAGCCAUAUUCCUAAAAGCAUCUGAAGAGAAUUUCGGUGCAUCUCCCUCAGACAGGUGUGAAACCACUUCAUGGUAAUUGUUGCUAGAUUUCUCUCCGCUGCUCGAGGUAGAGGGUUCAGGAGGUCUUUGUUAUUUAGUAUUACACCUUGUGUCUGUUUUAUAUCCUUUUAAGGAUCAUAUUUCCAUACAGGUGAAAUUUGUGAUUUUAAUGUUAAUUUUAGACUUUAGGUCAUGGUAUGUUUUUCUUUGAAGAUAUGUUUUAUUUAGAGCGCACAACUUUUACAUUAGCCUGUUACAUUACACCAUGACAGCAGAGUUAGUUAAAACCAUUUGUUAAUUUGCUCAAGGGCACAACAGUGGAAGCAGGGAAUUGAACCCACAACGUUUCAGGUUACUGCAUACUACAGCUCCUAAGCCACUAUGCUGGCGCAACUUGUGACUUUGUGAAUACUAUUGUUAUUAUAGGAAUAUAACAUGGAGGGCAAGGAUAUUAAAGUCACUAUUAUAGUUCUUUUUUGUAAGGGCUGUGUCUAAUUUAUGUCUGUGUCUAUUGUCUGUCAGAAAAGCCUUACAUUGAACAAUACUUAGUCAGGGGUAAAUUGUGUACAGGUUUACAAAAUUAAAAUGGGUCAUUUAGCCGUUGGGACCAUUGCUGUAGAUAUAGACUUACCAUUUCUAACAGGCUGCACAUUCAGCAGCAACAGGUAAAGAUAACGGGAGAAGAAGCUUUCUUGUUUUCUGAAAGAAAAAAAAAAGCAUGACCAAAAACACAGUUUACUCCUACCUCACGCAUUUAUGUGUGUUUAAAUAACAUUGUGUGUUUGUGUUUAUGCUCUGUAUUUUAAACAUUACUCUAAGCUGUACAGUCUGGCCAUCCACACAUGACCCUUAAACCAUCCUUACACCAGAAGACUGACCAGAUUUGGGAAAGAUUCUUGAAAGAUUGUAGUCUUUUGAGUAAAGCUUGAAUGGACAUUAGUUAAAAGACUCCAAUCCUUUAAGAAUAUUUUCCAAAUUUUGCCAAAGACUUCUGAUGUAUGGGUGCACAUAAAGUGUCCCUGGUUCGCCCCAGCCUUUGAUGCUCCGCAACAAGUCAAAUGUCUCCAUAUCUCAGGAGGACAAUCUGGAUAAAAAAAAAUAUAUAAUGUAAAUUAUUGUGGCAUAAAUGUCACAUAUGUCAGUUAGAAUCAAGUGACUAAGAAGCAAGUCAAUUUUACAGUGCCUUAUAGGCUGUUUAGCUAAGUGUUAGAUGUCAUGUCUCAAAGUGAUUUGUCAAUGUGCAUACCAAUAACUGUUGUGUAUUGAAUUCAUUAUUUAAAACUGGUGCAACUGGCUACAGCAUCCCACAUUUCGGUCCACGUGUCCACUGGGAUCUGGGAUCGAGUCCGACCGUGUCAUUUUCCGAUCCCACCCCAUCUCUCUCUCCCGCUCACUUUCUGUCAGCCUCUUCAUUGUCCUGCAUGUGCAAUAAAGGCAUAAGAGCCCCCCAAAAAUA